CAUUCUAAAAACUUAAUUUGACUUACUUUAUUUUCAAAUAAUAAUCCUAAAUCUGAUUUUUAGAUGACCAUUCUCGAGUCCAUUUGGAGAUAAACACAUUAAAGAAAGAAGAAGACUAUAUCAAUGCUUGUUACAUUGAGGUAACAUUUAAGAUCAAUUAUAAAAAUUUCAUAUGGCUUAACAAUUACUUUUGAUAAACCGAAAUAAUAUAUUAUUUUGUAUGGAUAUGAACUAUCAUAAUACAUUUUUUAAAUGUCUUUCUUUCUCUGUAAGUCUAAUGCUUUAAGGGAGUCACGUUAAUACAGUAAAACUAUUUGCUGUGAUAACAUUGUGUACACAUGAAUAAUAUCUUCAAAACCUUAAAUUUUGUAGCCAUCUUAAUACUUGAAAUACAUUUAUUAUUUAGACACUAAAGAUCAUUAUGAUAUUUAAAUAGGAGAGAAAUGCAAAUCUUAGAAUAUUCUGCUCUUUAAAAUAAUGUUAACUUAAAGUACAUAAAGAAUAUUUGUAAAAUAAUUAGCCAAAUAGAGAAACAUUAAAAUAAAAUGAACUAUUUAAGCAUACAUUUAAAUGUCAUCGUUUUUUUAAUUACCAUUAAACUUUAUUUUCUAAAGGGGUUCAACAAAGAUGAUAAAUUCAUAGCUUCUCAGGGUAAGAAUAUAUUUUUUUAUGUUUGUUUUUUAGCCUACAUCAAAUAAAAAUGUUUUGAAAUUUCCUCUUUUUUCAAUUUAAACAAAAUUUGCUUUUUUCUGAUUUUGACUUUUUUGCAGGACCUAAUAAAAUCAUGAUCAAUGAUUUUGUCAGAAUGUUGUGGGAACAACAAGUGGAUAAAGUUGUAAUGUUGACAAACCUCAUUGAAGAAGGAAUGGUAAGAUUAAUAGUGGAAUUUAUUUCCUGUUAUUUCUAAAAAAUAUCAAAUUUAUUCUUAUAAAUGAAAAUUAAUAAAUAAUUAUCAUAGUAUGAUCAAAUUGCAUUGAAUUUCAUGAUCUGCACUUAUCAAUUUACUUUAUCAUUAAAAAAUAAUUUUUCUAAUCUACAUUUCAAUUAUUUUCUUUAAAGGUUAAGUGUGAAAAGUAUUGGCUUGAUGAUAGCCCUGCCCAAUUUGGUGAAAUACAAGUGAGAAUGAUUGCAAUACAAACUUUUGCAGACUAUGUGAUAAGAGUUCUUGAAAUGUCAAAGGUAAGUGUUAUACACAUGACUAUACUAUUUUAAUUUAUAAUAUACACAUUCUUAACUUUGAAUUUUUAGAAUAUAUAUAUAUAUAUAUAUAUAUAUAUACAUAUAUUAAAAUAUAUUAAUAUAUGUGUGUACAAAUGAAAAAAACAAGAAUUUACCGUAGUAAAAUAAUAUAAAAUACUUUGGUAUUGCAGGCAAAUAUUAUUACAUUUUUAAAAUCCUAAUGUUAUAAUAUACACAUUUUUAAUUUUGAAUUUUUAAAAUAUAUAUAUAUAUAUAUAUAUAUAUAUAUAUAUUAAAAUAUAUUAAUAUAUGUGUGUACAAAUGAAAAAAACAAGAAUUUACCGUAGUAAAAUAAUAUAAAAUACUUUGGUAUUGCAGGCAAAUAUUAUUACAUUUUUAAAAUCCUAAUGAGUUAACACAUUUUACAUAUCCUCAAAAAAAAUUAAUUAAAAUAUUAUAAACUAGAACAAAAAUAUAAAAUCAGAUAUUUUUGUUUACUCUAGCCUAGAGAAGCUGUUGCAGUUCAAACUUUCACUCAUUUCCACUUCACCUCUUGGCCAGACAAGGGUGUGCCUGUAUCCCCCUGGGGUUUGGUUGACUUUGAACAGAGGGUCUUUGCUCACCCCACCAGCAGGCCAAUUGUUGUUCACUGUAGGUAAGCUAUAAGAAUAGAGUCAGCAUUCUGGAAAGAAUAUGUUAAUAAACAUCUAAUGAUGUUAGGAAAUUCUAAAACUAAUGUAUUUGACUUGUUAUAAAAAUAUUGCUUAAGUCUAUAAUUUGAAUCAGAAAAUGUGGGUUAUCAAAACUUUCCUUAACUUACUUUCUAAAAAAUGCUCAUUGAGAUAAUAGGUUUUAUGCAAAAUCAAUCAUUGUUAUAUUUUGAUGUGUGCAUUUUCUUAAACUGUGUAGCUCGUAAAUAAAAAGUUAUAAAAAUUUAAAAAUUAUUGUUUGAUAAUUGUUAUGAUUUUCUUGAUUAAUUUUAAAGCGCUCUUUAUAUAUUGCUUAGGAUUUACCCUCCAGAUUUGUUAAUGUUAACUUUGCAAUCUAUUUAAUCAUAAAUAAAAAGUACAGUGUACUAAAAUGUAUGUUAUUCAGUGCUGGAGUUGGUCGUACAGGGACUUUUAUUGCACUUCACAACAUCAUUAGAGAAGCAAAGAAGACAGGAUAUGUAGACUUCUUGAAAACAGUUGUCAAAUUGAGGCAGGACAGAAACUUGAUGAUACAGACAAUGGUAACAUUUGAUAAAAUGUACAAUUAUAUUAAACCAGUGUCAGCAAUUUGCCAGUCAGAAAUUGCAAAAGGGUUUAUAAAGGAUGAGGUGGAGCUCUUUUCUUGUAAUAAUUUAAAAGGGGAUAAAACAUUAACAAAUUAUUGGCUUAGUAGAUAUAAUUUAUACAAGUAGCUUAUCAUUCAAAACGUUUGCUGACCCCGUAUUAGAAGACAAACAUAUUAAUGAAAUUUAAAAAAAAUUAAAUAACAUAUUGGAAAAUUUUCUAGUCAAAAGUUUAUUAAUCUAUUGUUUUACCAUAAGUUAUUCAUAUUUUUUAAAACUUCAAUUUAUCCAUUGAUAAUAUUUUGGAAUCUCACUAUGUUGUAGAAAUUUUCUCAAUAAUCAUGAAUCUAGAUCUUAGGCUAAGGUAAAUUACUUUCUGAUUCAUCUUACAUUUUUAUGAUGUAUCUGAGGACAAAUAUUUUACUAGAUGUAAAUUAAAAUUUGUAAUUAUAUGUUUUAAUUUUUGUUUAUUCCAAAAGGAGCAAUACUGGUUUUUGCACAAAGCUGCCCAAAUUGCCAUUGUAUGUAUAGGAACAACUGUAACAUCAAAUGAUAUUGUUGGCAGAAUCAAACAGCUGGAUGAGAAAUCCAUGAGUGGAAUGACUAAGAUGGAAGCAGAAUUUAGAGUAAACAAUAAAAAAGAGAAUCUUUCAGUUUUGUUAAAAAGUUUUUCAAAAUUUCAAUUUAUAGUAUUUUUUUUGUUAUAGAAACUUUAAUUUCUUUAGUUAUUGUUAAUUAAUUAGUUAUCAAAUGUCUGUGCACAUAAAUUGAAUCCCAUAGAUGAAUUUAAUAUUUCAAAUAUCACUUUAAUUAUUAAGAAAAAGAGAAUCAAAUUUUUCAGAAUUUUAUAUUUGAAAAAAAAACAACAACUAUUAUUAACAAUAAUCAUUGCACAUGUCAACGCUUUUAUAUCAUAGAAUAUCUAUUUGUUAUAAAACCAGAUGAGCAAAACUUUUACAGUGUUGGUUACUAACGUUAAUUAAUUUAAAUGUAUAUAUUUUAUGUUGUUUAUGUUAAAACAUAUAUAUUUUUAUUUAUAUAUAGGCCCCUAUAUAACGACUUAAAACUGAUUUUAUUUACAGUAAAUCUAUUUUUUAAAUGGUAUAUUAAUUCUUUUCUUUUACCGUCUAGGACGUAUCAAAUGUCAAUGAUGAUUUUAAGGAAGAUUUUAAUAAAGCAGAAGAAUAUUCCGGAGAAGAUGGCAAUGUUUACCAAAACAGUGGGGAAAACAUUGACAAAGUAAAAAAUAGGUUUUCAAACAUAGCGCCAAGUAAGUAUUUUUAUCAAAUGGAGACUCCAAGUGGUUAGUUAAAAUGUAUUCAGAUGAUAGCAUAUAGGCCUAGUUAUUGUGUAUUUCCUAAUGAAUGAAACUUAAAUAGUAUAAUAUGGACUGCUGGUACUUUUCCAUUAUCAUAUUACUGGUUUAAAAACUGUUGAAUUUGUGCUAAUUUAAUCAAUUUUAAAAAAAUUUAAUUUAAAAAUAUUUAUAUUAAUGAAAAGGUUUGUAAGAGUUUUAUAAUCAAAUGAGUAAUUUUUGUGUGCAGAAGCAAAAAAUUACAAUUGCUAAAUAGUUAAAUAUUAAAUUAUGAAUGACCUAAUUGAUAAAACAUUUGUUUAGUCCGCCUCAAGGGUUACCUCAUCCAAGUGGACAAAAACAUCUCUUCGAAUUUAGGAAUGAGAAAUAAAAAUCCCUUAAUCAAAAAAUAAUUUAAAAAAUGACUCAUUCUAGAAAAAAAAAGUAGAAAUACUUAUCAUAUAUUUAAAUUAGGAUCUCCUAAACUUCAUUUUAUACCUUUUAAGGUCAAUUAAAUUAUGUUAAAACACAAUAAGAUUACUGAUUUGAAUUGAUUUGCUUGAUAAUUUUUCCUUUUUUUUGUAUCCAACAGAGCAAAAAUACAGACCAGUUUUGGCCUGUGGGACUACAGACAUGAGAGAUUAUAUCAAUGCAGUUUUCCUGCCAGUAAGAUUUUUAAAAAUCAUUUGGAAAUGAAUUAUUUUAUUUUUAAAUAAUAUAUUCUCAUUUUUUUUCAAAAAGGAGCGAAUUAAAAGAAAGGGUUAAUGCCAUAUGCUAAUUGUCAAAGAAAGUGUGUGGUAAAAUUAAAAUAAUAAUUUGAAAAAUAUGUUUCAAAUCAAGGCAGAAAUUAUAUAUAAAUGACACGGGAUCAAUAGAUUUAAUAGGCACCAUAGAGUUAGAUGAUGAGAUGUAGCAGAAGAAACUGGUCACUGUAACUGUAACUCAUAAGGUUUCAGGUGCAUAUGCAAGGCCAAAACAGCUUUGCCAAAAAAAUAUUUUCAUGAAUGUUUUACAGGGAUUUAAGAAACAAAGCCAACACCUCCUCACCCAGCUUCCGAUGCCAACAACAGUUGUAGACUUCUGGCGUUUGGUCACUCAAUACAAUGUUUCACUGAUUGUUGCUUUUGAAGUUCACACCAUGGUGACUGAUAUCGUAAGUUGAAUAAAUAUAUGAUUACUACACUAAUUCUGUCAAUACUAACUAGCCCAAAAAAUGUAUUUUCAAAUGAGGUUCAAAACUAUUGUCUAUUGUUAACUUUAAAAUCUAUUUCUCUACCAAGUAAUUAUUAAGUAUCUUACAAACAUAUAAAAGAAAAAAAUACUCGGUAUAUUACUAAAACAAAGUGGGGGUUAAAAAAUAAUGCUUUCUAGAAGGAAGGAAUGCUGAGGGGGAGAGAGAAUUUCAAUUAAAGUAAUAAAAAAUAUGAAUGCUAAAAAAAUAAUUGUGAGGAUGAUACAUUAUUAAGCUUAAGGCGGGGAGGCUGAUAGUUCACAAAGAGAUAAACCCUACAUCUUAAUAUAGAGCCGAUAUUGUGGCAGCCUAACCUACUUCUCAUGCAAUACUAAAUACUAAUCCUGAAAUACAACUUUUUUGACAUAGGUCUUUUGAAGUCUACUGGUCUUCUUUUAUUUGGUUUAUAUUUUUAAUUUAGGCUUCUAGCUAGAGCUUUAAAAGAUGUUUAAGCAAGAUAAGGAAUUUUUUUUAUUUGAAGAGUCGGAAUCAAAUAGACUAGUAUAGGAGUAGUAAUGGUACUACUAGUUAGUAUAUAGGCCGACUGGUUUAAAAUUCAAAGUCAAACACUUUAUAUAUCUCAGAGCAUAUGCAUAUAUUAAAAUGAUCUGUAUUUAUUUAUUAUCUAUGGAUCAGUUGGCUAAUAUAUGUACACAAUAUUGGAAUAUCAAAUGCAAUGCAACUACUUUGCCGAUGACUACUUGUUACGUGUCAUGUCUACCGCCGAAUUAUAAUAUAUCUUCCACUAGUCGUCCGGCGGGGCGGUCAUGUGCCCGCCGGAAGAAUUUCUUCCACUUGCCGUCCGGCGGUCACGUGACAUUCCCACCGGACGUAUAUCUCCAGGACUAUUUGUCCGGCGCGCCGGACGUGAAGUCACUUCGUAAAAUUUAAGGGCACAUGCCAAAAUGUUAACUGAAUCUGAAUGAUGACAUUCAAAAUAUACACAAAAUAUUUUAAAACCUCUGUCCGCAGACCUUUGGUAAUUAUUUACCUAUAGCUGCUAACCAAAAGUUGAACUGCUCACCAUACAAGAUCAAAUCAAUGAGCCUGACUAAGGAAGCUUUGUGGGAGGAGCAGGUGCUGAUGGUAGAAACAGAAAAGCGGAAGUCGCUCUUUUCACUCUCGCCAAAUGUAAGAAUUAGAUCACCAUAUUUUCUAUCAACUUUUUUUGUUACAUAAUUAUAUGGUUAGUUUUUGGAUAGGCUAAAUACUGUGUAUAUACACCAGUUCUAAUGAAUGAAUAAGUAAUUGAUUGAGACACUAUUUUAUAGCCAAUAACUCCACAUCACUUUUAAUGUUUUAACUUACUUUUUUAUAAAUAUUUGAGAAGAUAGCUUACUCCCCAACACAUCAUUAUGUCUAUUGAGAAACAUGAAGGCGAUUCUGUGUAUUGAUUACUUCCUUUAAGAAACAUACAUGUAAAAAAUGUGAAAUAUAUUAAGUAUUCUUAAGAGAAGCUAGUCACUUCAAUUAGUAUAAUCGUAUUGACAUUAGAGGUAGUAAACAUAAAAACCAGUAAUCUAAACGUGAUUAAACAUGAUAUGUUGUACGUGAUUAAUGGAUAAUUACUUGCCUAGAGAAUCAAUCAUGACAAAUUUACUUUAUGUUCACAGAAUAUUACUUUAUAUUGUAAAAUAAAACAAUGAUUAAUGAUAUGUGUUAAAUUUAAAAAUAAAGUUUAAGUUUUUAUCACUAAGGUAGGCUCAUUAGAGAGUUGAAUGUAUUUUCUCUAUCAUAGAACGAUGAGAGCCAAACAGUCGUCCACCUUAAAUGCUUGUUUACAGAAUUGGAUCCUGAUAAACUACUGUCCUUCCUAAGACAGAUUAGGUCUUACAAUGCACUGGCUCAGGGAAGGAUUGUAUACACUUGCAGGUCAUUAUUCAUACAAAUUUGUGCAAUUUUUUUUAAGGACUGUACUUUGUUUUAAUAUGUAAUUACAGAUUAAUAAAUAUAUAUAUAUAUAUAUAUAUGUAUAUUAUAUAUAUAUAUUAUAUAUAAAUAUAUAUAUAUAUAAAUAUAUAUAUACAUAAUGUGAUGUGCACAGAAAUCACGAAGUUAUUAAUUGCCUUUUUGUUCAAAGUUAUUUUAUUUUUUUAAAUUAAUUUUUUCAAGAGGUAAUGAAGUUUAUUGAUUUAAAAAAAACUCUCACUUACAUAAGCAAUGGGGCUAAGUACAGUGGUCUGGCUUGUGUAUUGUCCCUUUUACUGGAUCGAAUGGAACAUGAUUCCUGCAUCACAGUUCCUCUUGUUGUGGGCACAGUGAAGACCAUUAGGCCAGAGGUCAUUCCAAAUUUGGUAAAAAAAUUAAUUGAUAUUGAUUAUAAGUAUUAAUUUAUUUAACCCUCCACAAUAAUAAGAAAGUCAGUAAUUAUUUAUGCAGACCUGUGACAUUGAUAUCACAAUCAUUUAUUUAACAUUACAUUAAAAAAAUUAUGUAUAAAAUAAAAAUGCCCUUUCAUUUGAACACCAGUUAUUAAAAUUUAAUUCAUUAGAUAUUUUUAAAAACAUUUUCUCAGGAUCAUUACAGAGUCCUCUAUGAUGUACUGGGAAGAUAUUCUGACAGCUCUGUCACAUAUGAAAACAUUGGAAAGGUAGAACAAAAUGGAGCUGUUGUUUCUAAAGUUAGUGCAGACUCUUUUUUCAAUGAGGACCGAUCUGAAAAUGUAUAUGCCAAUUUUUAAGCUGGCAUCAGCAGACUGAAUGAUAGAAAUAUAUAAUGGAAACAGAGCAUAUUUAACGUUUUAAAGUUUUUGAAUUCUUCAUUAAAUGUGAUUUAGGGCCUAAUAUUUGUGUAAAAUAUAAAUUUUUUCAUUUUUGUUUGAUUUUGCCAUUGAUCUGUUAGCAUUUAACGUUCCUUUAAAAUGCUGUUGGUUGCUAUUUAUAGGCUGACACACAAACAAAUUCUGUCAAUAGAUUGUUUUAGAAAUUUAUUUUAUAAAAUAUGUUAUACUGUUGAUUUUUUUCACAUAAUAAUUAUAAUGGACUGCAUUAAUUUUGUUGAAUUAUGGUGCUAAUAUUUGUAUACAAUAUAAAUUCUUCAUUUAUGAUUGAUUUUGCCAUUGAUCUGUUAGCUUUUAACGUUCCUAUAAACUGCUGUUGGUUGCUAUUUAUAGGCUGACACACAAAAAAAGUCUGUCAAUAAAUUGGUUUAGAAAUUUAUUAUAUAAAAUAUGUUAUCAUUGUUGAAUUUUUUCACAUAAUAAUUAUAAUGGACUGCAUUAAUUUUGUUGAAGAAUUAUGGUGCUCAUUUUUGAUACAGUUAUUAUGUAAACUUUUCUUUUUUAAUAUUUGGUUUUUCUUGAAAAAUUAUUAGUUUAAGAUACAUUGUUAGCAGAAGUAACAAUACGAAAUUACAUUUUUUUAAAAUACUUCAUGUCUUUUGAUCAACUAAUUAAACUCUGAUAUAUUUUUGAUAAAGUGUAAAAUUGAAACAAAAAUAAAAAUUGUGAUAAAGAAAUGUGCCUAUAUGGGGUAUAGUGAGUUUUAAAUUCAAAAUAAAAAUAAUCUAACCUUUAAAUUUGUUCAUAAGAUAAUUUAUAACAGUCAAAAUUUAAAAAAAUAUGGCUAAAUUACCUCAAAUUAUACCCAGUGUAUGUCUAAUUAAUUUCCCUUUUUAAAAAAAAAAUUAUCGUGGACCAUGGGAAGUUUCCAGCUUGAAUAAAAUAAUAACCAAAACAAAAUACAGAAUAAAAUUCUAUCACUAAAUGAUGUCCAAUCUAAAUAAAAUAUAGGCCUACUUAAACAAAGAAUAAUAUCGCCUUCUUAGACACUUAGUUGUAGAAAUUGCCAACAUUAAAGCUAGACAUGCCUUUGCAUAACUUUUUUUGGUAAUACUAGACUAGCAAUAGCCAUAUUCUGUAAUGACUAAAAUACAAAUUUUCACUUUAGUGAAAUUAAAUUAUAGGUCUAUUUAAUACAUUAAUAGGGAAUUAAAAGAUCUUAAGUUGUUUGUUGAGAUAUGUUAUUAUAUAAAAAUGUGUGUACAAGGAUGUAAUCAAUGCAGGUGUCAAGGGUAUGAGAAUCACUGUUGUUAUGGGUAGAUCAUUGUUUUCAUGUUUGAUAGGGAAAAGAUGUUUAUGUUGGGCUGAACCGAUUGGAUUGUUAAUCCGUAGUUGUGUUACAGCCCUGGUUGGGGGAAUUGUUUUUAAAUAAAUUCAUGUAUU